UCAUCUUCUUUCUUUCCCCACUCGACACUCCCUACCAAAGCAAAAUCUUGGACUGUACCGUCUCCGGAUCCGGAGCAUCCUUUUGGGGAGUUUUGCGCAGUCCAGCAAGCCACCAGCGAAGAUGGCGACGUUGGCUGUGGAGGAUGUGCUGCGGGUGAACGGUUGCCGCCGUUUCGCCGCCGCGCUGGCCGCCGCCUCUCCCUUCGCCUCCCUCGCCGACGCGCUCCUCGCCGCCCGCCGCAUCUGGCUCAACGAGGUCGACGUGAAUGGAUGGCUGGAGGCCUUCGCCGCGCACCCGGCCAUCGGCACCACCUCUCCCUCCGUCUCCAAGUGGAGCAAGGAGGAGCAAUCGGCAGCGAUUUCCACAGCCACUGAUUCGACCGCGCAGGAGCUGGCCGAAUGGAACGCCAGAUACAGGGACAAGUUUGGUUUCGUGUUCAUGAUAUGCGCGUCUGGGAGGACUGCCCCUGAGGUCUUAGCUGAGCUUAAGAGACGUUAUGCAAAUAGGCCAAUUGUUGAACUUGAGGGUGCGGCACAGGAAGAGCUGAAGAUCACUGAGCUGCGCCUUGCAAAGCUUUUCUCGUCAGAGGCUGCUGCUCCCACUACUUCAGCUGAAGGCCAUAUUAGCCAACCAGAUAAAGCAGCAGACCGCAUGCGGAUUAUUGGAGCACACCUUGGAGCUCUACCCCAGCCUUCUGCCAAUAAAGCUUCUCAAACUACAGGUAGUUCGAACCGGACACGCCCUCCUAUCACAACCCAUGUGUUGGACACUGCUCUUGGAUCACCAGCAUCUGGAAUUGAAGUUCACCUGGAGAUGUGGAAGGCUGUGUCAAGUCCCCCGUCAUUCGAGAACAAAGAUUUUAACGGAUGGACAAUGCUAGGCUCUUCAAUUACAAACAAUGAUGGACGCAGCGGUCAACUGAUGGACAUCGUCGACAAUGUGGCUCCUGGUUUCUACCGCAUAAGUUUCAAUACCUCCAAGUAUGCACCGUCAGGGUUCUUCCCUUAUGUGAGCAUCAUAUUUGAGAUAAAAAAGAGUCAGACGACCGAGCAUUUCCAUGUUCCUUUGCUGCAUUCUCCUUUCUCCUUUACCACUUACCGUGGCAGCUAAGAUGUCAACUUGCGUGUAAGUUGCAUCUGAUCAGGGAAGUGUUCCUAGAACAUGUUUAAAUGGCUAUGAGUCUGAUUACAUGUCACUGACACUAUUAUACUUUACUUAAAUAAUAUUGUUCCAUCUAACGGGAACGUUGCAAUGGCAAA